UUUAUAUCCACAGUAACGUUACUUCAAUCUUGCCUGCUGCUGCUGCCACAUUUAGCUAUCACUUGAGUCGAUGUCAAAGAUGGCAGGAAACAAGUCUUAUACUAUAGUUGAGUAUUUUGGUGGAGACAGCGGUUACCGGUGUGGUUACUGUAAAAAUGAUGAAGGCAACUUUUCUCACGGGAUGUGGUCUCACACCAUGACUGUACAAGACUACCAGGACCUGAUAGACCGAGGGUGGAGAAGAAGUGGGAAAUACGUCUACAAGCCCAAAAUGAACAAGACCUGCUGUCCACAGUACACCAUCAGAUGUCAUGCACUGAAAUUCCAGCCUUCCAAGUCGCACAAGAAAGUCCUGAAAAAGAUUAGCAAAUUCAUUUCCAAAGGGGAAUUACCGAAUGGACCGGAUGAUGCCCGUUUGUGCCUUGCAGGGGAACCGAUGGACUCUGUGUGUGACCAAGCAGGUCCGCGCGAACCAAGCAACGGCGGCCCCUCCGAAGUGCAGCGUGCCGCCAUAACAGACAUUCAGAAGGAGCUACCGGAGUGUCCCGCCACCACGGAGGCUCAGAGCGAGGCAGCAGACGGCGCCCCGGCCGACUCCGUGGCGCCAAGAAAAGAUCCACAGUCCGUUGCGGCUGAGCGACCGACAGUCGGGGCUCCCAGAGCAGGGAUGGGUGCUGAUCCCGGCCGACCCCUGUGUCGGAAGGCCAAAGACUUGAGAAAGGAGCGACGUCUACAGAAAGAGCAGAAUAGACAACAGUCUGAGGGGGACGCCUCCAUUGUCUCUCCAACUCCUCUCAAUCCGGCACAGACCACGCAACCCAAGCCCCUGGAAGAUUUCAUCAAUGAGUCAUUGCCCGACAACUCCCCACAUCGCCUCGAGGUGAGGCUAGUGCCAGUCAACUUUGAGGACCCUCGGUUCACAGCCUCCUAUCAGCAGUCUGUGGCUCUGUACGCCCGCUACCAGAUGGCCAUUCACGGUGACGACCCCAGCGAAUGUAGUGAGAGCGAGUUCCGGCGGUUCCUCUGUGACUCACCCCUAGAGGCCGAACACUCUCCCGAUGGGCCCGAGGCGGGCUACGGCUCCUUCCACCAGCAAUACUUGCUGGACGGGCGCAUCGUGGCGGUGGGGGUGAUCGAUAUCCUGCCCAUGUGUGUGUCCUCCGUCUACUUUUACUACCACCCAGACUUUGCCUCGCUGUCUCUGGGCUCCUACUCGGCUCUCAGGGAGAUCGCUUUCACCAGGCAGCUGCAGAAACAGUCUCCCAAGCUGUCCUUCUACUACCUGGGCUUUUACAUCCACUCCUGUCCCAAGAUGCGGUAUAAGGGACAGUACCGGCCUUCAGACCUCCUGUGCCCUGAAACCUAUGCCUGGGUAUCAAUAGAGCACUGCAUUCCCCUGCUGGAAAACUCCCCCUACGCUCGAUUCAACCAGGACCCCGAUGCAGGUGAUGCCCGGGUGCUGAAGGAGGUGGGCCGGGCCCUGGUGCUCUACAGGAGGGCCGUGAUGCCUUACGCGGCCUACUCCCGCAAGCGCAAAGGCUCCAGCGACGAGGCAGAGGUGCAGCAGUACGCCGACUUGGUGGGCCAGGACUGUGCCGAGAGGAUCUUGCUGUACCGCGCCUAAGCGUGGGCCGUUGCACCAACGCACCUUUUUAAAUACGUAUGGGAAUACGCAGCCCCCCCCCCCCCCAGUCCGUUUCUCCUUACGGACGUCCUUGUGUCUUUCUGACUGUCUGCUCCCUGCAGUCUCACUGCUGCUUCGCUCUUCAAAAGCUCACGGUCGCUGCAUGUGUCCAUUCACCCACUGGCCUCAUUCAUCUCGUAUGUCUCAUUUACAUCUUGUUCAUUGAGUAAUCCCUCCCUUCAGGCUCCGCCCUCUUGAAUGUAAUGAAUCGCUAUGAUUUUUUUUUUCUAUCCUGAAUUGUUUAGUAUCUGACGCUCCACACAGGGGAAGGCGCUCCUGAAACCGGUUUAGAUGUAAGCAUGUUGUCCUUUAAAUGUUCAGUGAUUUUGGUUGUCAGCUGCUUCUAUUUUAUUGCCAAACUUCACUGAAUUUUCUUUUCUUUUCUGUUUUAUCCCGGGUUUAAACGGCAACAAAAGUUUUUGUCUGUAAUAUUUAUAGCUUUGUUUGAUUGUCUUUGCAUUUUGUAAUAGUUGCUUUUGAUCAAGCCAAAUAAAUGGGUUGUAUAUUCCUGGCUUG